AUAAUUAACAAGUUAUUAAAUAAGUACUUUAAAUUUUAUCUUCUGACUUUAAGAACACAAAAGAAAUUUUAAAUGUUGGGCCGAACAAUGCUCUUAAAAAACCUAAAACGUUUUCGUUUAAUUACAUUCGAUAUAACGGAAACAUUAAUAGACUUUAGUCGAGCACCCGCUGUACAAUAUGCCAAGAUAGCCGCCCAGCUGGGAGUACAUGUCAUUGAUCGCAGAAAAUUGGAACAAUGUUUUAAGAAAGAGUUCAAGGCCAUAGAAGAGAAACAUCCAAACUUUGGAUUACAUUCACCCAACUUUACCUGGCAAGACUGGUGGUCGCAAUUGGUCUAUAAUAUAUUCCAUUGUGUUGACCCAAACAUAAAAGAAGCAAAACUAAAAGAAUUAAGUGAAACAUUAAUAAAAGUGUACCGUACAAGUGAAUGCUGGCGUCACAUGGAAGGUGGCUUCGAACUAAUUAAAUGUGUACGUGAUGCUGACAAGAAAAUUGGUGUAAUUUCCAACUUUGAUCCCAGUCUAGAGGAAGUACUCAAGGAAAUGAAUUUAUUGGAUAAAUUUGAUUUUGUUCUAACAUCUUAUGAAGCUGGCUACCAGAAACCUCAUAAAAAUAUAUUCCAAAAGGCGCUGGAUGUCUACAAUCUACAACCGCAUGAGGCUUUACAUGUAGGCAAUACGUACGAAAUCGAUUAUGUUGGAGCCCGCAAUGCCGGCUGGUCAAGCCUUCUGAUAACACCCGCCGAAAAAGACGUACAAAAAGCAGCACCCACUCAAGGUUACAAAAACAUUGCAGAUUUAUUAGUAGCUUUAAAAAACAAAGAAAUUAGAUGGUAACCAGAUACGAUAUAUAAAUAGUGCAAUAUAUUAAUAUGUACACAUACACAUAUUAAAAUACGUACGGCAUAUAUUUAAUUUGGACUAAGAAACAAUGAUAAUGAAAUAAAAAAUUAGAUUUAUAAAGCUAAUAUAAAAAAAAGAUAAUAACUGAUAGGGUUCAGACGACCAAAGGGUCACAAAUAUUUUUAUGUACAAUAUACAACCUUAAACUUGCAAAAUGUAUUUUAACGAAACAAAUAAAUGACAACAUUUAA